GUUGGGCCUUCCUUAAAUCAAGAUAUGAGUGCAGUUGUCAAAGUCUCACUCGAUAAAAGAUAGCACAUUUAUUGCUGUUAUUUUUGUGCUACAAAGUGCAGGCCUACAGUUUUCUUGAAAGAAUUUAUCCCAGUGUUAUUUCAAGUACAAUGGUAUCAUUAACAGGAAAUGCGUUUUUCACAGAAAAGGUGAAGGAACUUAUUCUUAAUGAGAAUGAAAGGGAGCAGAUCUUUCAAUCUCUUCGGACUUAUCAAUCGUCCCAGGAGCUGCAUGAUCUGCUGACGGAGCUGAGGAGGCUGCUGAAUGAACCAUCCAAACUGGAGCUGUAUGAACACAUCAGGCCCCUCGUGAUGCCCAAGCACCAGCUGGAGUACAGCCAGAAAACCCCUCAGACUCCGGGCAUCAAGCUCAGAGUCAUCCGACUCAAACGCCAGGCCGGAGAAAGUCUGGGGUUUGCGGUCAGGGGAGGAUUUGAGCAUGGUAUAGGAGUGUUUGUGUCUCACGUGGAUGCUACGUCACAGGCCAGCAAGCGAGGGCUCAAGGUUGGAGAUGAGAUUGUUCGGGUCAAUGGGUACACCAUCGCUGAAGCCAUACAUGAGGAUGUCCUCAACCUCAUCAAGUCCCACGAGGAAAUUGUCCUCAAAGUGACACAUAUUGGAAUGCUUCCAGUUAAGAAUAACCCGAAGGAAUCGGUCUGUUGGAACUAUGUAGAAACUCUGGACUCCUCCAAGGCCUUGCAAGAGAUUCUGGACAAAGAUGCACAGAUAGAAAAGAGAGGUUCCUCAGGCCCAGAGCUGAAAAUCUUCAUCAACACGACUGGUGUCUCCUCCAUCGGAUGUGGGAUUGUGAGUGGACCAUCCCACUUCCCAGGGAUCUUUGUAGAGAAGGUGCGCUCCGGGGGACUGGCAGAAGAGGUCAACUUGGAGGUCGGAGAUCAGAUCAUAGAGGUCAAUGGAACAAGCUUCCUUGGGAUCACGCACAAAGAGGCUGUGGUCACCCUGAAGAGUAGUACCCAGCUGAACAUGAUCAUCAAGAAGAAAGUUGGGCUGCCACUGUUCCAACAUGGCAGUAAAAGACAAAGGAAGCCAGAGCCAGCUGCCAGUUUUAAGCCUACUAUUGUGUCUGAGGAGCCAACUCCCGCGCCUGAUUCCCGGACAUCGUUUCGUACUCUCCAGGAGACCAAUCAGGUUGUGAGCAGCAGCACUCACCAUGCUUACGAACCUGACGUGCCGCCAUUGGAUCAAGAAGAGCUGAUUCAGCAGCAUCUGAAUUCAAACCGACCAAAAUUCAUGUCAACUGUGAUGGUAGAAUCGCCCCGUCCCCAACCACCGCUCGAGGUGGCACCCCUUCCCCCACCUCCGCCCCCAGAGGAACUAGAAGCUACGACCUCAUUCUCUGCAUGGUCAAGUCCGAGUGAGGCUGUUGACCACACUGCAGACCAGAGUGAGGCUCCAGCUGAAGACUGGCAUGAAGAGAUGAAAUUCUCACAUCAGCCUGUGCAGCUUGGUGGGAAGGCGGCCAUCUUAGCUGCCCGUCAAGCCAAGAACAUGGGUCCAACUCUCCUCGGUCCGAGCAGUAUGGCUGCUUUCACAAACAUGGAGGACAUAGAGGACCCUUAUUCGUUGUUUCCCCCUGAGGUGAGCGAUGGCAAGGAUCUGUCUGUGAUCACCAUUGCAGUCGGUGAGAAUGAGUCCCUGGGAAUCGGCGUUGAAGGUGGAAUUGGUACCCCACUGGCUGACAAGAUCCUUGUGGCAGACAUAUAUGGGGCUGCCGAGAGACAGGGUGAGAUGGAGAAGGGGGACCAACUGCUGAUGGUGAGUGGACGUAGCUUCCUCGACCUAACGUCAGCCCAGGCCCUCAACAUCCUCCGCGAGGCCGAGACCAACAACAUGGGUUCUGUGAAGGUGAUUGUGGCCAAGGGAGGAUUGCUCAAUGAUGAGGAUGCUGUGACCUACUUCUAGUACAGGACUGCUGGAAACUAUGGAAACCAGGAGUCUUGGUCCAACCACUCCACUGAUAGAUUUCCAUCAUUGUAUUUCUUGGUAAACAGAUAUACCAUACAAAAAUCAAAGAAAAGAAAUCAAAUAACUCUUCAAGUUGUACCUUUUUAAAAAGAAUUUUGUAAGGGCAUUUAUUUUUUAUUGGUUGGUUUACAGAGGUUUUGGUCUAAAUUCAAUGUAGAUGGUUGAAAUAUUGCUUCGUUAAAUUUCAACUUCCAGAUCAGUAUUGCUGAUUGGUCAACUUUGUUUUGAUCAAAAGUCAUUAUUAUUUUUUUCAAAUUUCAGUGUAAAUGUCAGUGUCGUAAACCAACUUUAGAAAAAGGCCUAAUGAACACAACCCUCCAAAGUGGCUCCCUAUGUCAUUGAUGCAAAGUUUGAUUUGACUUCUUACAACACUCCAGUAUGCAAAUAUUGAAACAAAAUUGUUCAAAACUUCAUCCUUCCAGCAAUUCCUUUUGAAGGUCACUUCAAACAGAUGUUGUUGCAUUUAUUCUAACCACUCUGUUUUAAGAACACUCUGUGAGAACCAUGUUAUGUGAGCACAGACUUUCAGAUCCCAGAUAAGCACAGGUUCCACCUCACACUGACAUUAAUAGAAUUAUACCUACAGAGCUUCCACAAAGAUUGUCCAUCCCAAGGCUCUCCUCAAGAAUGAAUAACAUGUUAUUUUUAUAUUCAAACUUGACUUAAUUUACAUUUCCCAAAUGUUCUUACAAUGUUUAAGUGAGUUAUCCUCUGUCAUAAUGUCAGUCUUUUAUACACUAAUGUCUUCCUGUAGAGGUAUGUGAGUGGAUUAAUUCCUGUAUGCAAGUAUUGAUGCAAUAUAAUUGUUAUUAACCCAUCUCAUAGGGAUUAUGGCUGACUAAUCAUCUUCAAAAUUAAGCAUUGAUUCAUCUUGCCUAGAAAAAGGUUUUUGCAUGUGUAACAAAGCUUUGUCAAUAUUUUUUGUAUGAAAACAGGCUCACUGUAAGAAUAUCCAAGGUUCUAUGUUUUGAUAUAUUAUUUACUCGUAUUUAUUUGUAUACAAGAAGCAUUAUUCAGUGUUUGAAUAUAUUUCAGAAAUAUUAAAUAUUUAAUUAAUUUAAUUUCAAACUGAAAAAUGUGUUUUACGAAUUUGUGCAUCAAGGAUGAAAAGCACAUGACACCAUUAUCCAUGUUUGUUAAGUCAUGUUAUUGGGACACAUGUUGCCCAGUUGUCUAAUGUGCUGCAUUUUCACCAUGCAGAGUUAUGUCCCUUAGAUGUGCUGUGAUCCUCUAAUCAUUGGUUUGAAUCCCAGAAAUGCUGUGAUUAUGAUCAUUGGUUUGUCAGCACCAUACACAUGUCCCCAAGUUUCAAAUAAAUGGGGGGCGGUCGGGUAGCCUAGUGGUUAAAGCGUUCGCUCGUCA